CGCCGCCCUAAACUUUGACUCCUGCGCCGCGCCCGUCUGCAUGAUUUUCCGAGCGGGCCUGGCAGCCUUCUUGCCUCUUGUCCGCACUCUUCGGCCUGGUGCUGUGGCGGCCAUGAGCACUGGCACUUUCGUUGCGAGGCAGCCUUUCAAUUACCGUGGCGGGGCCCGCGUGGAACCGGCGGACGCCUCCGGCACCGAGAAGGCGUUCGAGCCCGCAACGGGUCGAGUGAUCGCUACGUUCACGUGCUCGGGAGAAAAGGAAGUAGACUUGGCUGUCAAGGAUGCAAAGGCUGCUUUUAAAAUAUGGAGUCAGAAAUCUGGCCUGGAGCGCUGCCGAGUGCUUUUGGAGGCUGCCAGGAUGAUAAGGGAACGGAGGGAUGAAAUCGCCACCAUGGAGACCAUCAACAAUGGCAAGUCCAUCUUCGAGGCCCGCUGGGACGUGGACACUUCCUGGCAGUGCCUGGAGUACUUCGCAGGCUUGGCUGCAUCCAUGGCUGGUGAGCACAUCCAGCUCCCAGGCGGGUCCUUCGGCUACACCAGACGAGAACCGCUGGGCGUAUGCGUGGGAAUAGGCGCGUGGAACUACCCCUUCCAGAUUGCCUGCUGGAAGUCCGCCCCGGCGCUAGCGUGCGGUAACGCCAUGGUCUUUAAACCCUCUCCCUUCACACCGCUGUCGGUGCUGCUGCUGGCUGAGAUCUACACGGCGGCCGGCGUGCCCCCGGGGCUCUUCAACGUGGUGCAAGGAGGGGCCGCCACGGGCCAGUUUCUGUGUCUGCAUCGUGAUGUGGCCAAAGUGUCCUUCACCGGGAGCGUGCCCACUGGCUCGAAGAUCAUGGAGAUGUCCGCUAAAGGAAUCAAGCCCGUUACCUUGGAGCUGGGAGGCAAAUCUCCCCUGAUCAUCUUCUCCGACUGCGACCUGGAGAAUGCCGUGAAGGGAGCGCUGAUGGCCAACUUCCUCACGCAAGGCGAGGUGUGUUGUAAUGGCACAAGAGUAUUUGUGCAGAAGGAAAUUCUCGAGAAAUUUACAAAGGAAGUGGUGAAACGGACCCAGGGGAUAAAAAUUGGAGAUCCCCUUCUGGAAGGUACAAGGAUGGGCCCCCUCAUCAACCGCCCACACCUGGAGCGAGUCCUAGGGUUUGUUAAGCUGGCAAAAGAGCAGGGCGCUACAGUGCUGUGUGGUGGAGACGCAUACGUGCCCGAAGAUCCCAAAUUAAAGAACGGUUAUUACAUGAGCCCUUGCGUACUGACUGACUGCAGAGAUGACAUGACCUGUGUGAAGGAAGAGAUCUUUGGACCAGUUAUGUCCAUUUUGUCGUUUGACACCGAAGCCGAGGUUCUGGAAAGAGCCAAUGACACCACUUUUGGCCUGGCGGCUGGCGUCUUUACCAGGGACGUGCAGCGCGCUCACAGGGUGGUGGCCGGGCUGCAGGCCGGGAUGUGCUUCAUUAACAACUACAACAUCAGCCCCGUGGAGCUGCCCUUCGGCGGGUACAAGAAGUCAGGGUUUGGCAGAGAGAACGGCCGUGUGACCAUUGAAUAUUAUUCACAGCUGAAGACUGUGUGCGUGGAGAUGGGUGACGUGGAAUCUGCUUUUUGAGACUACGCAGCGAGCCCCGUCUGAGUGUCCAGGUGUGGAACGGGGUCUGGGCCUCAAGGGCGGCCACACGGCUGCCUUCGUUUCGAACCCAGAAUUGUGUCCCUCAGGAUAAGAGAACAGCUCGGUGUUCUUCCUUCCUCACUUCUCAGUCUCCUUCCUGAUUGAAAAUGUGCAUAAGUGCCUUUUCGAUAAUCAAGAGAGUUGUGAUUUUCUCAAGGCAGAUUUCCGUACACUCUUUAACACACUUCGAGAGAACAGGGAGAGGCACCAGGAUUAUACUUCGUCUGUGGCUUUGACCGACUGUGCUCCUUCUUCGGCUCAUUUCAGAGGCCUGGUAUCUGGUUGAGUUCCUGGUGGAGCAAGUAGAGCUGAUUUCUGCCCCCUGACAUUUUGGAGCUCUGGCCCCUUGUCAUCGGUUGCAUUGCGAAAGCCGACAGUCGGGAUGGAAAUACUAGCCAGGGUCACGUUCAAGGUGGUGCUUCGCUUGCUAGAGUAAAUCCUUCGUUUCCACUCAGUGCUGAUGAGGAAGCUGGCGUCCAGUCCUUGAACUGCAGCUUUCUCCCUUUUUAGAUCCCAAAUAGUUGUAUGCUUCUGGGGCCACACUGCAAUGAAAUAAAUCACACUGUUCAUUCUUUCAA